CCCUCAAAACCCGGAAGUGCAAAAGCUAAUGAAAAGUCACUCUCUAUUUUGCUUCAAAGCCGUUCGAUAUGCCGACUCCAAUUUCCCUCGUGUGGUUGCUAUAUACCCAAUAAUAACCCAUGUAGAUCCGAUCUCAAAUAUUUCAAUAUCAUGCUAAUGUUUUCAGUUCACUUCGCUCCAAAUUUAUGCGCAGUACAUAGUGAGCUCAAUUUUUACUUGUAAUUUCAGAUUUUCUUGUAAAGAAACCCUGAUUUUGAAUUCCAAAGAACAGAGCUUUCUCGUUUCGCCUCUGAUAUACGUAUAUAAUAUAUAGCUCUCGUUUUGAUCUUUACGAGCUUUCAACGAUUUCUCAAAGACCCAUCUCGAAUUUUAGCCAAAGUAUAUAGUUUCCAAUUAUCGAAUCAAAUAUUUCAUUUCUCUGAUUUUCUUUUUCGAUUUCGAUUAUUUUCUUCUUCAACUCUGGAAUAAUGUCAGCAUUGUUGCACCAAAGAACCAUUCACAACCCGCUUUCAGAUCCAUAUUCAAAAUCCCCUCGUUCUUCAUCGAAUUCCCAGAGAUCCUUUUCGGUUUUCAGCCCCGUCAGCCUUCUAGUUUUGCUAUCUCUCCUGGUGGUUCUGGGUGUGUUUUUGCCAUGGGCGGGCAUGCCGGAGGGCCUAUUCUCGCUUACCAAGCCGUCAAUUACGAAGUGGCGGGAUUACACACUCGCUCAAGCAGUUUCUUUUGUGGCCAAGAAUGGGACCGUGAUCGUCUGCGCUGUGAGCCAGCCUUAUCUGCCGUUUCUUAACAACUGGUUGAUUAGCAUUUCUAGGCAGAAGCACCAGGAUAAGGUUCUUGUGAUCGCCGAGGACUAUGCGACGCUCUAUACGAUCAACGAGCGCUGGCCUGGCCAUGCCGUGCUCGUCCCUCCAGCACCUGAUGCUCAAACUGCCCAUAAGUUUGGUUCUCAGGGAUUUUUCAACUUUACUUCCCGAAGGCCACGGCAUCUACUGCAUAUUUUGGAGCUUGGUUACAAUGUUAUGUACAAUGAUGUUGAUAUGAUCUGGUUGGCUGAUCCCUUUCCUUACCUGAAAGGGAACCAUGAUGUGUACUUUACUGAUGAUAUGGCCCAAGUGAAACCUCUGAACCACUCUCAUGAUUUGCCACCUCCAGGGAAGAAAGGACGCACUUACAUCUGCAGCUGCAUGAUCUUCCUACGGCCAACAAAUGGAGCGAAGCUAGUUAUGAAGAAGUGGAUUGAUGAACUUCAAGCAAAGCCAUGGUCUAAAGCUAAAAAAGCAAAUGAUCAGCCCGGCUUUAACUGGGCAUUAAACAAAACUGCUGGAGAGGUGGAUCUUUACCUGCUGCCCCAAGCAGCGUUUCCAACUGGAGGAUUAUACUUCAAGAACCAGACAUGGGUGCAGGAAACUAAAGGCAGGCAUGUUAUAAUCCACAAUAAUUAUAUCACAGGUUUCGAAAAGAAGAUCAAACGCUUCAAAGACUAUGGUCUCUGGCUGGUAGAUGAUCAUGCUCUGGAAUCCCCUCUUGGCAAAUUACAAGAAGGCUAAGGGACCAUAGAUCUCCCAUUCUAUGCAAGAAGACUUGUGCAAACCUGCAUGAAACGGUUCUUACCAAUUUGCUCGACCUUUCCUGUCUGAGGGCCAUUGCGGCAAGACUGUAUGGGAGAGCACCUCGGAUCAUCAUGCGAAUUGUUGGGACUUACAGUUUCUUCAAGAUUGAAAACAACCAUUAAAGGGCCAGGAUUUUUAAGCCAAUUUCACUUUUGGCUAGAUUUUUAAUACCGUUAGGCUCUGGAAUUGUCAACUAGCUGUACCUUUUUCAUCACCUUUCUUUUAUUUAAUGAAUCUCAGUGUUAGUUCAUAA